AUGCCCUCCUCACGGGCUUUCCUGCAGGAACAGCCACCGGCGCCCCCUACGAUGAUCCCCGCGGCAGGCAGCACCCCGCCGGCAGAGGCCCCCGGUCCCGGCCUGGCCCCUCAGGACGUCUGGAGGUCUCAGGUCUCGGGCUACACGGGGUCCCUGACACGACACAUCAGCCACCGAGCCAACAACUUCAAACGACACCCCAAGAGGAGGAAGUGCAUCCGCCCCUCCCCGCCCCCGCCCCCCAACACCCCGUGUCCCGUGGAGCUGGUGGGCUUUGGGGACCCGCGCCCCCAGCGGUCCUUCCGGGAGCUGCUCUUCAACGGCUGCGUGCUCUUCGGCAUCGAGUUCAGCUACGCGGUGGAGACGGCCUACGUGACGCCCGCGCUGCUGCGGCUGGGCCUCCCGGACCAGCUCUGCAGCCUGGUGUGGCUGGUCAGCCCCAUCCUCGGAUUCUUGCUGCAGCCACUCUUGGGUGCUUGGAGUGACAGAUGUACCUCAAGGUUUGGAAGGAGACGCCCUUUCAUUCUUGUCCUGGCUAUAGGGGCGCUGCUGGGCCUCUCGCUCUUGCUCAACGGCAGGGACGUGGGCGCGGCGCUGGCGGACACGGCUGACGACCACAAGUGGGGCCUCCUGCUGACGGUGUGCGGCGUGGUGCUGACGGACUUCAGCGCCGACUCCGCCGACAACCCCAGCCAUGCCUACAUGAUGGACGUGUGCGGCCCCGCCGACCAGGACCGGGGCCUGAGCAUCCACGCGCUCCUGGCGGGUCUCGGAGGGGGCUUCGGUUACGUGGUCGGGGGAAUCCACUGGGAUAGAACCAGCUUCGGGACCGCCCUGGGCGGGCAGCUGCGGGUCGUUUACAUCUUCGCCGCAGUCACCCUGAGCGUCACCACCAUCCUGACCCUGGUCAGCAUCCCCGAGAGACCCCUGCGGCCCCCGGGGGAGAAGCGGCCGGCCAUGAAGAGCCCCAGCCUCCCGCUGCCACCCUCCCCGCCCGUCGUGGGCCACCAGGAGGGUGCCCAGGCGGACGCCCUCCCCUGCCGCAGCGACCCCGGCCUGUACGCCAGCUUCUCCAGCCCCGUGUCACCGCUCAGCCCCCUCACGCCCAAGUACGGCAGCUUCGUCAGCGGGGACGGCUCCCCCACGGGGCUCAGUGCCUUCGCCUCGUCCUUCGCCUUGGCCAACACCGACAGCGUCCUCAUCGACUGCUUCACGGGCAGCCACGACCACAACCUGGCCAUCCCGAGCAGCGUCCCGAAGCCGGCCAUCAGCGUCAGCUUCCCCCGGGCGCCUGACGGCUUCUACCAUCAGGACCGCGGCCUUGGCGAGAGGCGGGAGGGGGCCACCGCAGCCGGCGGUGACGGGGACGUCCUGAGGGUGGGCUCCCUGGACACCUCCAAGCCGCGAGCAGCCGGAAUCCUGAAGAGGCCCCAGACCCUGGCUCUCCCGGAUGCGACGGGAGGAAAUGGUCCCGACAUGGGCAGGAGAAGGACCGUGACCUUCAGUCAACAGGUGGCAAACAUCUUGCUGAACGGCAUGAAGUACGAGAGCGAGCUGACGGGCUCCAGCGAGCCGCCGGGGCAGCCUCUGUCCAUGAGGCACCUCUGUGCCACCAUCUGCCACAUGCCCAAGAUGCUGCGCAAUCUCUGUGUCAACCACUUCCUGGGCUGGCUCUCGUUUGAGGGGAUGCUGCUCUUCUACACGGACUUCAUGGGCGAGGUGGUGUUUCAGGGAGACCCCAAAGCCCCGCACACGUCGGAGGAAUAUCAGAAAUACAACAGCGGCGUCACCAUGGGCUGCUGGGGGAUGUGCAUCUACGCCUUCAGCGCAGCCUUCUACUCAGCUCUUCUGGAGAAGCUGGAGGAACACCUGAGCAUCCGCACCCUGUACUUCAUCGCCUACCUGGCCUUUGGCCUGGGGACCGGGCUCGCCACUCUGUCCAGGAACCUCUACGUGGUCCUGUCCCUCUGCGUCACCUACGGGAUCCUGUUCUCCACCCUGUGCACCCUGCCCUACUCGCUGCUGUGCGACUACUACCAGAGCAAGACGUUUGCAGGGUCCAGCGCGGACGGCACCAGGCGUGGCAUGGGCGUGGACAUCUCCCUGCUGAGCUGCCAGUACUUCCUGGCACAGAUUCUGGUCUCGCUGGUGCUGGGGCCCCUGACUUCGGCCGUGGGCAGCGCCAACGGGGUGAUGUACUUUUCCAGCCUGGUGUCCUUCCUGGGCUGUGUGCUCCCCGCAGACUGCAGUGGGAGCUACCGCGAGGCCCAGGACUCACGGAGAGCCACACCUGCUGGAUUCCGCAUCUCAGAGCAUCACUUUCUUGCCUUAAAAAGUGAACUGUGA